UCCCCGAGGUCCACGUCCUGCGGUCGCUCCUCGGCUAGGAAAGCGCACCCUGCGCCCAGCGCUCGGCGCGCUCCGGGAGCUGCCCGUCGGGACCAUGCGCGCCCGCGAGCUGCCGCUCGUCCUGCUGGCACUGGUCCUCUGCCAGGCGCCCCGGGCACCCGCCGCCCCGGUGCCGGCGGCCGGAGAGACCGUGCUGGCCAAGAUGUACCCGCGCGGCAACCACUGGGCGGUGGGGCACCUAAUGGGGAAAAAGAGCACCGGAGAGUCCCCAUAUGUUUACGAGGGAGGGAGCCCAAAGUACCAGCUUCGGCAGCACAUCCUGUGGGAAGAAGCUGUGAGGACUCUGCUAAGCCUCGUGGAAGGAAAGGGGACAGGAAGCCACCAGUCACCUCGCGGGGCAUCCCUGGGUAUUCUCCAGUCUACUCCGGAUUCCAAUUCCAAGGAUAGCAGUAACUUUUCAGAUGUAGGUUCAAGACUCAAAGGUUCUCAGUGUGAAGGAAGGAACCCCCAGCUGAACCGACAAUGAUGGCCUCUCUCAAAGAAGCAAAACAGAACCCUUGAGAAUGCAUUCCAUGGGCAUCAAUUCUACUGGCUCAUCCACCAGAUUUCCUUUGUGCAAAAUACUUAACUAUUCUUGUACCUUUCAACCUUGACUAAAUUCGUGGUUUUCAAGCAGCAACUUCUGGUUUGAAUUUGUUUUCUGUGAAAUUAUUGUCCUUAGAGAGUAUUCCAAGUAAUGCUCUUUGAAUUUAGCCUCUGUGUCAAUUACA